AUGCCCGACGUUUACGAUUCUGAUGAUGCCUGCAAUGCUUCCCCUCGCCUCGAACCCACAAAAAUCGACUGCAGACCCCGCGCGACUCCCCCGCCUUUCUUACAAGAGCCGGACUCGCCGGGCAAGGCAAGUCCCGGGGGACGUGAUCAUAAGGAUCCUCGCCGGCGUCGCAAGAAAACCCAACCAGCACAUAGCGACCUACUAAUACUCAGCUCCUUAGCAACCCCGCAACUUGCCUACGAGCUUGGACAGAAAUCUUUACCAACGGAUUCUCUUUCCGAAUCCAGCAGCCCCGAUGACUACCGCGCUGUGGAUGAGAGGGGAAGGGCCCAGGAUAUAUCAAUGCCGGAUAUUAUUACGUCUAGCGCACGACAGACGGCCCAACAUGCCUUGGAUUUAAUUAUUGCAGAUGACACACCAGCAGAGCCCCAAAGAUCAGGCGCCAAGAUUGAAAGGACGUUUGGCGAGGAACUGCGGGCACCAUCGCGGCCGCCAAAUUUCCUGGAGCCCCAGGCGCCUCCCCAACAUCUACAGUGUCCCAUGGUUGCGUCUCCCAUGGAUAAAGAUAUUGCGAAAUGCCCUUUCGUCAAAAAGCUACCGAUAUCGAUACCGGAAUCGCACCCACGUUUGCGCGUAAACGAAUCAUUGGCAACUUCUCCUACGCUAAGAAAAUAUACGAUAUCCACGUCAGACUACGCUGCGGGGGAAACACUUCCCGCAUUACAGUCUCGGCCUGAGCCUACCUCCGCAAAACCUCCUGAAAACAGAGACCACGGCUCACAAUUUACCAGCAGUCCGAGCACUGGCUACCCAACACCAGUAGAGCUUGGGAAAAGCGGUUCCUACGACUCUCCCCCAAUUCACCCAAGCGGACAUACGUCAUCCAAUGGACCACUUAAUUCAUCCGGCUUCAAGUGCAAUUAUCCAGAUUGCAAAGCUGAGCCGUUUCAAACGCAAUACCUUCUCAACUCCCACGCCAAUGUACACUCACAAAACAGACCAUACUACUGCCCGGUUAAAGGCUGUCCGCGUGGUGAAGGUGGCAAGGGCUUCAAGCGCAAGAACGAAAUGAAGCGCCAUGGCCUUGUGCAUGACUCGCCGGGUUAUGUAUGCCCAUUCUGCCCAGAUCAACAGCACACCUAUCCGCGCCCGGAUAAUCUACAGAGACAUGUCCGGGUACACCAUGUAGAUAAGGACCGUGAAGACCCUGAACUAAGACAAGUCCUUGCUCAACGACCGGAAGGCGGUAUGCGGGGCAGACGACGACGCAACGGAGCUCAGUAA